UGAUGAAAGGAGCUGUGGUAUUACGGUCCACUUUGGAAACACGUUGAAGUCUGUCCAUUGUGAAAUUGGAUCCAUAAAGAAUAAGAUCUCUGAUUGUGAUACCUGCAUAUAAGAUCUGAACCAAAAAUGUCUUGUAUAGAUCCAUUUCAACAUAUUACAACUUCCUGGUUCCAUUCAGGCACUAUGGCAUUGGGAGUGCUGACAUACCAUGAGAGAGGUUUCUCUUGAAGUUUCAGAGUCUGAUAGAAAACAGGAAGUCCCCGAGAUUGCAUGAGAUUCUAACUUCUGGAAGCAUAACUGAAUUGGUGGAACACCAGUAUUCGCACAAAUUAACUGUGACGGUAUUGAAAGCCACAAAUGUUACAAAAGGGGCUUUCGGUGAUAUGCUUGACACUCCAGAUCCAUAUGUGGAGCUGUUCAUCCCCUCAGCACCUGACUGCAGAAAGAGAACGAAACACUUCAACAAUAAUGUGAACCCUGUAUGGAACGAGACCUUUGAGUUUAUUUUGGACCCGAACCAGGAAAAUGUUCUGGAGAUCACAUUAAUGGAUGCCAACUAUGUCAUGGAUGAGACUCUUGGCACAUCAACAUUUCUUAUAUCCUCUCUGAAACUGGGGGAGAAGAAAGAAGUUCCAUUUACUUUUAAUGAAGUCACAGAAAUGAUUUUGGAAUUGUUUCUUGAAGUCUGCUCUUCAACUGACCUCCGGUUCAGCAUGGCUCUGUGUGAUCAGGAGAAGAUGUUUCGACAGCAGCGGAGGGAGAAUAUCAUGCACAAAAUGAAAACUCUUUUAGGAUCAGAAAACAGCAAGAACUUGGCCACUUCCCGCGAUGUACCAGUGAUAGCGGUGUUGGGUUCAGGUGGUGGAUUUCGUGCCAUGGUAGGGUUUUCUGGAGUUAUGAAAGCACUCUAUGAAUCAGGAAUUUUAGACUGUGCAACAUAUAUUGCUGGUCUAUCUGGAUCUACAUGGUACAUGUCAACUUUGUAUUCUCACCCAGAUUUCCCAAGGAAAGGACCAAAGGAGAUUAAUGAAGAAUUGAUGAACUGUGUCAGUCAUAACCCACUUCUGCUGCUCACUCCACAGAAAGUCAAACGCUACAUUGAAGCAUUAUGGAAUAAGAAACGUUCUGGGCAGCCUGUAACAUUCACUGAUAUCUUUGGAAUGUUGAUAGGGGAAACACUUAUCCAAAAUAGGAUGAAUACCACUUUGAGCAAGAUGAAAGAGAAAGUCAAUGAGGCACAGUGUGCUCUGCCACUCUUUACUUGUCUCCAUGUCAAACCUGAUGUGUCAGAACUUAUGUUUGCAGAUUGGGUGGAAUUCAGUCCAUAUGAGAUUGGUAUGGCGAAGUAUGGCACAUUUAUGCCUCCUGAUUUGUUUGGAAGUAAAUUUUUUAUGGGAACAGUGGUGAAAAAACAUGAAGAAAACCCCCUGCACUUCUUCAUGGGCGUCUGGGGCAGUGCAUUUUCUAUAUUAUUUAACAGAGUACUUGGAGUUUCCAAUUCUCAUAAUAAAGGUCCCACCAUGGAGGAAGAAUUAGAAAACAUUAGACUAAAACAUCUUGUGAGCAAUGAUAGUUCAGACAGUGAAGAUGAAUCACAGGGACCAAAAGGCUCUGAAAAUCUUGAGGCUGCAAAAGAACUUCAAAGUAGCAGUCAAGAAAGCUGGGUCCAGCGCAUGCUGAUGGCCUUGGUGGGAGAUAGUUCCCUUUUCAACACCAGAGAAGGGCGUGCUGGGAAAGUACACAACUUUAUGCUGGGCUUGAACCUCAACACAUGGUACCCACUCUCCCCUCUAGCAGGCCUGGGUACUCAGGAAUCUGUGGAGGAGGAUGAAAUGGACACGGCAGUCGCAGAUCCUGAUGAGUUUGAGAGGAUAUAUGAGCCACUAGAUGUGAAGAGUAAAAAGAUUCAUGUAGUGGAUAGUGGGCUCACCUUUAACCUGCCAUACCCCCUUAUCUUAAGACCUCAGCGAGGUGUUGAUCUCAUAAUCUCCUUUGAUUUCUCUGCAAGGCCAAGUGACUCCAGUCCUCCUUUCAAAGAAAUUUUGCUUGCUGAAAAAUGGGCCAAAAUGAACAACCUUCCUUUUCCAAAAAUAGAUCCACAUGUGUUUGAUCGAGAGGGCCUGAAGGAGUGCUAUGUUUUCAAACCCAAGAAUACUGAUACAGAGAAAGACUGUCCAACCAUCAUCCACUUUGUUCUGGCAAACAUCAACUUCCGGGAAUACAAAGCUCCAGGUGUUCCAAGAGAAACUCAGAAAGAGAAGGACUUUGCUGACUUCGAUAUUUUUGAUGAUCCUAAUACGCCGUUCUCUACCUUCAACUUCCAAUAUUCCAAUGAAGCUUUCAAAAGGCUUCAUGAUCUAAUGGAAUUUAACACUCUGAAUAACUUAGACGUGAUGAAGCAAGCAAUAGUGGAAAGCAUUGAAUACAGAAGACAGAAUCCAUCCCGCUGCUCUGUGUCCCUCAGCAAUGUUGAGGCAAGAAAAUACUUCAACAAGAACUCUCCAAGCACUAACCAUACAUAGGAUAUGUACUGCAGGUGCCACUCCUUCAAGAAAUUUGCUAAAUCUACGUAACUGGAUUUGGACAUGCGUUACAACAUACCAUUGCUCAGGUGAAGGGGCCAUGCAAAACAGAGGAAAGCAUUUUUUGUGAAAUUUCAUGUUUCAUUGUGAUUUGUACUUUUUUACAUUUUUGUUUUGCAUCUACAAACAUUUACAAAAUUCCAGCAUAAAUUGCCAUUUCUUUAUUUUAAAAAAUACAGAAUUGUGCAUGCUUUGGAUGCAAAGUAAUUUGGUUCAAAAUGCUCCUAUUUUUGUAAAACAUCUGCCAAUUUCAUGAAUAUUUUCUCUCAAUAUUUUCCAUUUUAAAUGUUUGUUAAAGUGGCGACUGUGCCCGGGUUCCUGGAAGGGCCACACUGAGAAUUAAUCAAACCAGUAACAAAACAGCUUUUGUAAUACCACACUGGUUAACCAGAAGCCAAACACAAUCCCCUGUAAACAUUCUAGCCCUUGGCUCCCAUCCAGACAACCAAGUCUAAUACAGUGAGGGGUUACUGAAAACCCAUUUCAUUAUAUGUGAGGUUCUUUCUAAUCCCAAAAGAUCAGAUACAUACCUCCAGGUCAAUAUGAAUCUCACUCAGAUACCAUGCUGUCAGCCAAUCUUUAGUAAACAAACUAAAGUUUUAAUAAUAAAAGAAGAGAGUUAUAAAUGGUUAAUAGAUCACAUACAUGCAAAUAAUUCCAAGUCCUUAUAUCAAGUUUGUAGCAAUGAUGGAAUAGAUCAGGGUGGCCAACCUGUGGCUCCGGAGCCACAUGCAGCUCUUCAGAAGUUAAUAUGCGGCUCCUUUUAUAGGCACUGACUUGGGGGCUGGAGCUACAGGUGCCAA